CCAUCUUACAUAUAUUACUCAUCAUCAAGUUCCUACUUUCUCUCUGACAAAAAACACAGAGUAAGUAAGAAUGGUACAGACGAAGAAGUUCAGAGGUGUCAGGCAACGCCAUUGGGGUUCUUGGGUCGCUGAGAUUCGUCAUCCUCUCUUGAAGCGGAGGAUUUGGCUAGGGACGUUCGAGACCGCGGAGGAGGCAGCAAGAGCAUACGAUGAGGCCGCCGUUUUAAUGAGCGGCCGCAACGCCAAGACCAACUUUCCCCUCAACAACAACACCGGAGACACAUCCGAGGGCAAAACCGAUAUUUCAUCUUCGUCCACAAUAUCAUCCUCAUCAUCUUCAUCGCUCUCUUCCAUCCUCAGCGCCAAACUGAGGAAAUGCUGCAAGUCUCCUUCUCCAUCCCUCACCUGCCUCCGUCUCGAUACGGCCAGCUCCCACAUCGGCGUCUGGCAGAAACGGGCCGGUUCCAAGUCUGACUCCAGCUGGGUCAUGACGGUGGAGCUCGGUCCCGCCAGCUCCUCCCAAGAGACUACUAGUAAAGCUUCACAAGACGAUCUUGCUCCGACCACUGAACUUGAGGUUGGUGGCAGAGGAGAAGAAGGGUUGGAUGAGGAAGAGAAGGUUGCUUUGCAAAUGAUAGAGGAGCUUCUCAAUACAAACUAAACCUUAUUUGCUUAUAUAUAUGUACCUAUUUUUAUUGCUGAUUUACAGCCAUAAUAAUCAAUUAUACUGUGU